GACCCUCUUCCAUCAGCACGGCUGGUGGCUACUCAGACGAGACGCAGCCCUGGGACAUCAUGGAAGCCCCGAUCCUCGAGGCUCCCCCGGGAGAAGUGCCUGGCAGCACCGACUCCAUCUCCAAGGAAGUUGCUCCUGCAACGGAGCCGUUUACGGAGAGCAAUGAAGAG